AUACCUUCCAUGGCUCAUAAACCUCAUGCAAUUUGUGUUCCAUUUCCUGCUCAAGGUCACAUUAACCCAAUGUUACAAGUAGCAAAACUUCUCCAUUCCAAAGGUUUCCACAUUACUUUUGUAAACACCGAAUACAUCCAUAAUCGCAUUCUGAGGUCGAAUCCCACAAGCCUUUGUGACUUCUUAAACUUUCGUUUCGAGACUAUAAGCAACGGUCUCGAUCCCUUAGAUCAUGAGGCCAACCUUGAUGUCACUACAGUGUGUUGUGCCCUCUCAAAUAAUUGUUUGGCUCCAUUUCUUAACCUAAUUCAGAAAUUGAAUGAUGGUGUAGCAUCUGAAGUUCCACCAGUUACGUGUAUAGUAUCGGAUGGAGGCAUGAGCUUUACAAUUGACGCUGCUCAGCAACUUGGAAUUCCUGAUGUGCUCUUUUGGACGUCUAGUGGCUGUGGCGUUUUGGGUUAUACGCAUUAUCCUCAUCUUGUUGAAAAAGGUUUAGCCCCCCUCAAAGAUGCAAGCUACCUAACAAACGGAUAUCUUGAAACUACUGUAGAUUGGAUUCCAGGCAUGAAAACUAUCCGUCUCAAAGAUCUUCCAACUUUCUUUAGAACUACAGACCCAAAUGAUUUAUACUUCAAUUGGAUUCUAAGAGAAGUAGACAGAGCUUCAAGAGCUUCAGCAAUAAUAAUGAACACAUACGAUUCUUUAGAGGAAGACGCCUUAAAUUCUCUUUGCAAAAUGUAUCCUCACUUAUAUUCAAUCGGUCCUCUUCAUUUAUUGGUCGAUCAAAUUAAAAACAACAAUGGAAUAAAAAAUAUUUUUCCAAGUCUGUGGAAAGAAGACGAAGAAAAAGAAAGAGAACUUUUGUGUUGGCUCGAUUCGAAGAACCCUGAUUCCGUGUUAUUUGUAAACUUUGGUAGUACAACUGUGAUGACGAUUGAGCAAUUAAAAGAAAUUUCUUGGGGACUAGCAAAUAGUAAGAAAAACUUUUUAUGGGUUCUAAGGUUAGAUCAUGUCGAAGGCGAGGAUUUAAAUGAAAUUUUGACUAAAGAAUUUUUAGAUGAUAUAAAGGAAAGAGGAAUGCUAGUGAGUUGGUGUCCUUCACAAGAAAAAAUAUUGGAGCAUUCUUCUAUAGUAGGGUUUUUAAGUCAUAUGGGGUGGAAUUCGACACUCGAAAGCUUAUGUUGUGGUAUACCGAUGAUUUGUUUGCCGAAUUUUUCCGACCAAACAACAGUUUGUAGGUAUGCUUGUAGUGAAUGGGGUAUUGGGAUUGAGAUUGAUAAGAAUUUCAAGAGAGAAGAGAUAGAGAAAGUUAUUAUAGAGUUGAUGGAAGGAGAGAAGGGUAAAGAAAUGAAAAAGAAAGCAACGGAGUGGAAGAGAAAAGCUCAAGAAGCUACUAGCUAUGGUGGUUCUUCUUAUGAUAACUUGGAUAAAGUCUUGGAGAUUUUGCUUGGAAACAAUAAGAUGGACAAUUAA